AUGAAUGCUCGCAGAGAGGGUGCCAAUAUCUUCUCAACCGGCCCCAUUCAUUAUUACGCAAGCACAAACAGCCACCAUGAGACAGCUCCCACGACACUGCAGAACAACCAAACGUUAGGCUACCUCCUCCUCGCACUUCUUUCUAUCUAUCUCCUCUUCGACCACUUCGGGCUUGCACCAGUCUCCUUGAUCCAGCUUGCCUGGAACGUUCUCGUUUUUUUAACGCCAUCUUGGAUUAUUGUCGCAUUGGACACCCGCAUGUCACCGUCCGAAUCCUCCCCUUCCAGUUAUUCUCCGAUGACAUUCCAUGCCAAAAAUGAGGCAAUGCAGCGUAUCUUCGGUCUUGACGACAACUCAUUUCCAGCAUUUCGUCGUUCGCGGUCUUUGUCGGGUCUCGGAAGCGCCCUCCUAGGUCACAGCCAAGAUGCCAUUCCCCCAGGACUUGGAAACUGGGAUAAUUCUUGCUAUCAGAACAGCAUCAUUCAAGGACUCGCUUCGUUAAAAUCUCUGUCUGAAUUUCUCGUACAGAAUGUUGAGGCUUUGGCUGACAAGGGCUCAAUUUCCACUCACCGAGCACUGAGAGGGAUAAUUGAGCACUUGAACAGUGCCUCAAACUAUGGACAUAAGCUGUGGAUUCCCUCGGACCUGAAGUCCAUGAGCAGCUGGCAACAGCAAGAUGCACAAGAAUAUUUCUCCAAAUUGGUGGAUCAAAUCGACAUUGAAGUUCAGCAUGCUUCGCGCGGACAAACCAGGAACAUGGGCUUGAAAACGAUCGGUCGAGAGGAAAGCAUCCUCAAGGAUUUUUGUGAAAACAAGACGGAGAUCGACGGCACUUCUGAUAAACAACCAUCAUUCCGUAAUCCAAUGGAAGGUCUGCUUGCUCAGCGAGUAGGUUGUAUGAAGUGCGGUUGGACUGAAGGGUUAUCGCUCAUCCCGUUCAACUGCCUCACUGUACCGCUUGGUGGACAGCAUGAGUAUGAUAUUCGUGAAUGCUUGGAUCAAUACAUGGCUCUGGAACCAAUCGAGGGAGUAGAAUGCGCCAAAUGCACAUUGUUGCGCGUUCGAGAGCAACUAAUCAAUCUCCUCGAUGGGUUAUCCGAAGAUACGAACUCAGAUAGUCCGCAAAAAUCUGCUCUGCCCGAUGCAGUACGAGAUUCCGCACAAGCACGGCUUGAGUCUGUGACUGCUGCCUUGGAAGGAGACGACUUCGCUGAAAAGACACUCACCGAAAAGUGCCACAUCCCUUCAAAGAAUCGCGUCUCCGCCACUAAGUCCAGGCAGGCAGUGAUUGCGCGCGCACCGCAAUGCUUAGUCGUUCAUAUCAACCGUAGUCUUUUUGACGAGAUGACCGGGAUGCUGAGAAAGAAUUAUGCGGCGGUUAAAUUUCCCAGGCACAUGGACUUGAACGACUGGUGCCUCGGAACCCAAAAUGGCAGAUCCGAUGAUGCUCCUGAACAAUGGGAGACAAAUCCCUCCGAAUCCAUGCUCCCUGCACCUGGCCAAGCAGUCCGCCUUCCCAGCAGACAUUAUGAGCUACGAGCAAUCAUUACACACUACGGCCGACAUGAGAAUGGUCACUACAUCUGUUAUCGCAAAUACCCGACUUCUGUUUUUCCGGCUCCUGUUCCUGAUGAGGUACUUCAAGCAGAAGGAGACAAGGAGAAGCCUGAGCGUUGGUACCGACUCAGUGACGAUGAUGUGCAGAUGGUCAGUGAAGGCCAUGUGAUGUCUCAAGGGGGUGCUUUUAUGCUUUUCUACGAAGCUGUUGAAGAGCUUGAUUCACUUCCUACACAACCUGAAGUCGAGUCACCGGAAACAGUACCCAUCGAAACUGCCGAAUCGGUCUCUAAUUACACCGAGACUAUGUCAGUGACAAGCACCAUCACAGACGCUGAUUCGGAUACAUCUCGCGCAACCAGCGUCUCGGCACCUGACCAUUCCAUGCCUGUUGAAGAUUUUAAGCCGGCUGUUCCAUCUCUUAGGGCCUCAAAUAUGCGUGACAUCGAAUUGUCGAGCUCAACCGACAACCUAGAUUCACCUUCCAUGGUUACUGCAUAA